GUUUACAAUUUAGUUUAAAUUAUUGUGUCAAGUUAAUUAGUCGACUUAUUUUGAGAUCAUUUUUCUAUUUAGUUAAUUAAAUAAUUUUCGUAAUUAAAAUGAAUUCAUUCUUUGGAUCAUUAACCAAAUAUGGUUUAAUCUUUUUCAACUUUAUCUGUUUGAUUUUUGGCCUUUUGUGUAUCAUUUUCGGUGCUUUGGCAAGAAGUUCAUCAAAUUAUGAAAGUGUUAUCAAUAUUGGUCAAGGACCAGCCAACAUGAGUAUUGGAAUUGGGGUGGCGGUUUUUGUCAUUUGUUUCUUGGGCUGUUGUGGUGCCAUAAAGGAAAACCGUUGUAUGCUUAUAACUUUUGGAUCGGUUGUUUUACUUUUGGUUGUCGUUGAAUUUACCGUUGGUGGACUUGCCUACAAGUAUCGAGACUCUCUUGAAGACAUAACCGAUGAAGGAUUAAAGAAAACACUCAGCGAUUAUGGUACCCCAGGGCGAGAAAGUUUAACAAAAAAUGUUGACGAUCUUCAAAUGAACCUGAAAUGCUGCGGGGCACAAGGUCCUAAAGACUGGCGUAAUCUUACUAAAGCGAUUCCCUCCUCUUGUUGUGCUGACAAGGCGAAACUCUGUGACGAUAGAGAUGCUUAUCAAGAAGGUUGCGUUCGAGCCAUAAAAGAGACCUUAGCCCCUGCGAUGAAAGUUCUGGCCAUCACCGUGAUCGUAUUCGCGGUCAUUCAACUUUUGGGUAUCUUCGGUUCCUGUUGUGUUGCAUCUUGCAUCAAACGAGCAUCAUAUGAUCACGUCUAAUCAAAUAACCACCAGAUAACAUCAACAACAAUCAAAACAACUCAGAAAAAUAUAAAUCUAUCUACCUAAAAAAAAGCGUAACAAUUUACAGUAAUUUAAUUUCAACAAGAAAAAAAAUGACUUUGCCAUAUUAUAAAUAAGCCAUUUAUUUGUAUUCAAUUAAGACAAAAUCAAAUGAUUGUCAUGAUGAUCAAGAUAAAUUAUAUAAUUGUUGACGAUUGUAUUGUAAUACCAACAAUUACAAGAAAGAGAGAGAGAGAUUCAUAUUACAAGAUUAAAGUGAGUUAAUAUUAACUCGUAAUUUUUUUUCAAAUCAAA